AUGCUGCUUCUGCCAUUUCAACUGUUAGCUGUUCUCCUCCCAGGUGCUGACAGUGAGGAUGGCUUCCAGGGACCAACUUCUUACCAUAUUAUCCAGAUCACAUCCUUUGUCAACAGCACCUGGGCAAAAAAUCAACUUUCGGGCUGGUUGGAUGAUUUGCAGAUUCACGGCUGGGACAGUGACUCAGGCACUGCCAGAUUCCUGAAGCCCUGGUCCAAAGGCAACCUCAAGGAAGAGGAGGUUGCUGAACUGAAUAUACUAUUCAGAGACUACAUAUUUAGAUUUAUACAAGAAAUACAGGCAGGUGCUACUAAAUCCCACAUGGAAUACCCCUUUGAGAUCCAGGGCAUAGCAGGCUGUGAGCUACAGUCUGGAGGUUCCAUAGUAAGCUUCCUGAGGGGAGCUUUAGGAGGACUGGAUUUCCUGAGAUUUGACGGUGAUACCUGUGUGCCUUCCCCAGAGGCGGGCAGCAGGGCCCAGUAUGUCUGCACAAUAAUCAUGGAAAAUCAUGCACUCGUUGUGAUUGGGAGGAGGCUCCUGUAUGAAACCUGCCCCCGAUUUCUCUCAGGAGUCCUCGAUGCAGGGAAGGCAGAGCUGCAAAGGCAAGUGAAGCCCGAGGCCUGGCUGUCCAGUGGCCCCAGUCCUGGGCCUGGCCGUCUGCUGCUGGUCUGCCAUGUCUCAGGAUUCUACCCAAAGCCCGUGCAGGUGAUGUGGAUGUGGGGUGAGCAGGAGCAGCCGGGCACUCAGCACAGCGACCUCCUGCCCAAUGCUGACUGGACAUGGUAUCUCCGAGCAACCCUGGAUGUGGCAGCUGGGGAUGUGACCGGCCUGUCCUGCCGGGUGAAGCAUAGCAGUCUAGAGGGCCGGGACAUUGUCCUCUACUGGGGGCAAUCCACCUCUAUUACCUCAAUCUGUUUGGCAAUAAUAGUGCCCUCCAUCAUCUUUUUGCUGUGCCUUGCAUUGUGGUAUAUGAGACAUCGGUAA